GCCAUCACUUCUGGUUCGUGGGCCAUCCUUCUGCUCACUCCCCCUGGCCGCAGGCGAAUGGCAACGCUGACGUAGAUCUGUGUAUGCAGUGCCGCGUUUUCCAAGCCAAGCUACCACCUGUCGACAGACAAGAUCGCCUGAGUCCAAUCGUCUUGACUCCAAGCUCGCAUUGACAGCAACACUGGUAGUUUUGCAAUUUGGGAAACUUGCGGGAUAGCAGCUUGUCACCAGGAUUGCCGGCGUUGCUUGCUGAUAAAACUUUAUAAGCCUAAACGAUGUCGAGACGGCAACGGCUGGCCGAUCAGUUCGUCCGGAACCUCCUCUCUCCACCGAUGUCAGCUACUGUCAACGAUCCUUCACCUGAUCUUACACCUCCUGCUCGAGCGAUGGCGGAACAACCCACCGCAAACCUUGCCCGUUCCGGACAGGCAACGACAGCUUCAAUGCCUCCCGAUGUCAUGAUAACGCGCGGCGAAAAGGGUGGAGCAGCCAACUAUCAGCCUUCGAUGCCUACGGGGCCAUCCAAUGCUGGAGUGCACACUACAUCUCACGGAGCCGAUUCCACUCACGAAGCCGAUUCUAGCGAGGCCAGUAGUCGGGGACAAACGCGAUUGAUGAGCUCCGACAAUCCUUGGAGAGCUACAAGCGGCCUGCCUCCAGUGGAUGUUCCAUACUGGUACACUGGUGAUCCCGAUCCAAGCUGGCAGAACGAAAUCAUCCACCGCCAGCUUCCCCCACCAAGCAGAGAUCCCAAGUUCUUGACCAACCUGCAACAGUACGACCUCCUCAUCAAGCGUCGAUCCGAGGUCGCAGCGGCCACUGACCCUCAGGAUAUCUACGCUAAAGCCCGGAAGCAAUCAUUCAGCUUGAAGUCUCAGGAUGAAUGGGCAAGUCACCGAUAUUUAUGGCGCCUUUCUGGAUACCUUCACUCGCAAGCGUUUCUGAUGGACAGACAUGCCCGCGAGGAUGUCCGCGAGGAACCCAUGACCAUAUUCGGACACGCUGCCAAAGUUGUGGCGUCUGCACCACCAGCGGAGGAGGUUGAGACCAAAGAGCGUGAGCUGUUUGUGAAACGAGAAAAGGAAUAUCAGUCUUCCAGUCGCCGAUGGCUUGUGAAUGUCGCCGCCGAUUGCCCGGUCUACCUCAAGAACGCCGAGCAGAGAGUCCAAUUCGACUGCAUGCAAAGAAUCGAACUGGAGCGCUACCGGCGCGAUGCUGCUAUGGAGCUCGGUAUCUUGAGAAAAUUUUGGGACCGCAAAAAACAGCGAAUCGUCCAGGGAAAGAAGACCGACCCGAGUACCUACACCGGAGCAUAGGAUGCACUCGACUGGCCACGUCCGCCGCCAUUUGCUGCCGAUGAGCAGCCCCUUCGCAAGCAUUGUGGCCAUAUCUGUCGGGGAUCAACCGACAUAUUUCCCCUCAACUCUCUCAGCAUGAACACCGAGGGAGAAUUGCCUGAUUGCCAUUGCGCAGAGUGUGCAGCGGCCGCUCGACCACGUGCUCGAAUCCGUGCCAGCAUUUCCAAGCUCA